AUGGGGCGGACAAAGCCGCCUCACGAACCUUACUCAGCAAAUUGCGCAGUGUCCCAAGCAGGGCCCCCCCAGCAGCCCAACGAGGACCACAUUCACUUCUAUGGUCUCAGUGACAGGGUCAACCGCACAGAUGUCUCAGGCUUGGAGGAAUCCACGGUUUUGAAGGUCGACGUCGAUCCUCUCAGUGAAGAUCUCGACCGAAUGCAUGUGCCGACAAGUGUUCUGUGCCGACUGAUUCAGACUUCCAGCACAGAUCCAAUGCCUGUCAUUUGGUUGCUGGGGCCAACAGGGGCUGGUAAGAGCUUCCUUGCGAGCACUUUCUUGCAGUCGAGGGAUGGAAUCUUGCCAGUGGUGGCCAGUCCCGACCAGCAUGUGCCCACUUCAGCACACGUUUGCGUGCACAAAGGGGCCAUUCAUUCAGGUUCCAGUCGCUCAAAGCCUGUUCUGUUGUUCGACUUGGAGGGUGAGGAUGGUCGAGUGCCGAAGACAUUGCUGGAAGUGGGCAUGCGAAAGCUCAAUGUCCUCCGGAUGGCUGGCCUCACAGAGGAUGCCUUGAAGGAGCAGUUGGCCAACACCACCGCUCGGCGACAAGCAGUCAUCAAAGAACGUCUUCCGCCAUUGGCUUACCUUCUCUCAGACGUGGUGGUCUUCAUUGACACGGUGGAGCCACGCAGGACGGAGAGGGCGGACCGAAUCAGACGAUUUGCAAAACAGGCGCACCAAGCAGUCGCUUCUUUGGCCUGGAAGCCCGCAUUGAUUCUCGUGCAGAACAAGUGGGUGGGAGAGUCUGACCGUGCUACAUUCAACGUCAGCAAGGAAUUGGAGUGGUUGCUCGAAGGAUUGGAAGGGAUUUUUUCCAGUGUCAGCGUCUUGCGCCUUGCCCACAGCACCCAGCGCCAUCUCUUCGAGGCCAGUGUCAACGAGUUCCACGAUGAGCUCGUGCGAAUGGUUCAGGAAGUGCAAGAUUUUCGACAAGAGCAGGGGGUGCUCUAUUCGGAGCGGGAGUUUUGGUUCAGCUUCAAGCCCAUGGUGACUCAAUUUGGAAGGCCUGCCCCCACUGCCAGCGUUUGCAGCAGCUUGGCGCAUUUCGUGUCAAGAGAUUGCGUAUUGUCCAGAGAUGCUGCAGACAAUGCGCCGUGGGCCUUCGACAUGCUCACUGCCAAAGCUCGCAAAGAUCAGCCAAUGGAUCCUCACCAGUUUCAAGAGACACUGAGGCAAGUCUUGCGGUGGUAUGCAUACAGCCAGGCAGCUGAGGCUCGACGUGAUGGAGCAGACCUUGAGUUUUCCAAGCAAACAUUUCGUGUGACAUGCGAGCGGGUGAUCAGCCUUUUGAAGGGCCAAGAGCCUUGCUCGGCCCAUCUUCCCCAUGAUGAUGGGAAGGCCUAUCCCUGCACACAGCUUUGCACAGGUCACCUGGACUGGCACCGGAAUCCGGCAAUGCUCCCUGUACCGAGUCAGAACCUUGUCAAGAGAGCGGUUUCGUUUGGCCUGUGGAAGGAUAGGAAACCAUGCACUUGGAGAGGACCUUUUGAACCUUCCUUCGUCGUUGCUCGGGUCCUCGCUGAGUUGGAGCAAGAGUUUGUUGACUGUGUAUCUCAGGAUGGGCUGGCUUACCUCAAUGCAUUUCCUUGUGCAGGUGAGUUCGAGGAAAAGCAGCUGCGAGCCCAGGCAGACUCUUCAGAUGGUAUUUGUUGGCUUUGCCUUCGUGUGGAUUCAGAGCAGGUCCGCCUCAAACAUGACCUUUGCCGGCAUGCCCUUUGUCGAAGAUGCGUUAUCACCCGCAUGAUGCUCCUCGGCCCUGAGAACACAGAAAUUGUUUGUCCCUUCUGCAAGUUGAAGUCUGAGGGGCAGUUUCAAUCCGGACACGGCGACAAUGGCCUCCGUCUUCUCUCGCUUGACGGUGGUGGCGUCCGAGGAAUCAUUGAGGUCCUGGUUCUGAAGCAUCUUGAAGAUGUGUGUUGA